AUGGGAAAGCGGAAAGCCCCAGGACCGGAUGGGUUCACAGUUCUCUUCUUUCGCAGGUACUGGCAUGUAAUCGGGGAGGAAGUCUGGAUGGCCAUUCUGAAGAUUUUGGAGACGAGAGUGCUGCCGGAGGGCCUAAACCACACUCUUAUAGCCCUAAUCCCAAAAACAAAGAAGCCAGUGUCCCCGAAGGAAUUUCGCCCGAUCAGCCUUUGCAACGUCCUCUACAAGAUUAUUUCGAAGGUCCUAGCGAAUCGACUAAAGACAGUGUUGUACCGGAUUAUCUCCCCUGAGCAAAGUGCCUUUGUACCUGGGAGAUUCAUUACGGAUAAUGUCAUGGAAGCUUUUGAAUGCUUCCACACCAUGAAGAAGAGUAAGAAACGUAAGCAUGGUUUUUUCGCAGCAAAAAUUAAUAUGGCGAAAGCCUAUGACAGGGUGGAAUGGAAGUUUUUGGAGGGAGUAAUGUAG